AUGGGAUUAUCGAGCCGGGAUGUGAAGAUCCCGGCGGAGUUCGCAGAAUGGUUGGUUGCGCACAGCACUUGGGGAGUACUCAGCACCAUUUCUCGGCACCUCGACGGCUCACCAUUUGGCAACGUGGUUUCGUUCAGUGAUGGAGUUCUUGGCAACUACUCAGGGACGCCCUACUUCUACCUCACCCCAUCGGAUCCCUCUGCUGCUGACGUGGCAGCAGAUCCUCGCGCCUCACUGGCUGUCAGCGCCAUGCCUCUCGGCGCAUGCGGUGACUCGGACCCAGAAAGCCCGCUCUGCGCCAAGCUGACUCUUUCCGGAGAGCUGCACCGAGUGCUCGACCCGGAAGAGCUCUCAUUCGCCGAACGCGCUCUCUUCACUCGAAACCCCGAGAUGCUGACUUGGCCCAAGGACCACCACUUUCAAGUGUUCAAGCUUGUCCUCGCUAAUGUCUUCCUCAUUAACGGGUUUGGUGGACCCAGGCCAGGUGGGCAUCUGACUUAUUAG